AUGUUUGCCGUCGUCUCAGCACUGUUCCUUCUGAUAACUCUCAAUACAUUGAUAGCCGAACGUCAAGUAAUCCCGAUGGAACGGCCUCCGGAUCUCCUUCCCAGUGAACCUCUGCUUCUCCCGCAAUCCAAUCUCGUCCCAGUACUACCCGACUGGCCACCUUCCACCACUCCUUUCGCAGCAUUCAACCCCUUUCCAGCCCCACCGGAAAACCUUACACCGCUGCCCUUCGCCCCUUUCAGUCCAUACUCAAAUCUCGUACAAAACUAUGCACUUCCACCUGGCGCGGGACAUGCAGCAAUUGCUGCCGCACCAGCGCCGCCGCUGAUCCCUUCGUCGUUGGUGUUACCACCUCCGACCUGGCCCCCUCCGAUUACACUGCCUCCAAUCUAUGGAACUUCUAGAGGGACCACUCUAAAACCGAUCAACAUCGAUCCAGAGGCUAUAAUGGGCGUGCCAGAAAUCAUCCAACAUUGGGGAUAUCCGGUUGAAGAACAUCAAGUAACAACUGCAGACGGCUACAUUCUUACUUUACAUCGUAUACCGCAUGGAAAAAAAAAUGCAAAUUCCACUUCUGUGCGACCGGUGAUAUUUCUUCAGCAUGGACUGUUGUGUACGAGCUCAAUUUGGCUACUCAAUCUGCCACAUCAGUCUGCUGGGUUUGUCUUCGCUGAUCAGGGUUUCGAUGUUUGGCUAGGAAAUAUGCGUGGCAAUGUCUACUCAAAAGAGCAUGUCUCGCUAAGCAGCGAAUCGAACGAUUUCUGGAAGUUUAGCUGGGAACAAAUGGCGAAAUACGAUCUGCCGGCAAUGAUCGACUAUGUUCUCAAUGAGACGGAGCAGACAUCACUGUAUUACGUUGGUCAUUCUCAGGGAACUUUGACGAUGCUUGCCAAGCUCAGCAAGGACAAAAAAUUCGCAAAAAAGAUUCGCAAAUUUUUCGCCCUUGCACCUGUUUCGAGGAUGUCUCAUGUCAAAGGACUAUUUCUUUAUCUUGGCAAGAUCUACGAGCAAUUCAGCCUGGUCUAUCGAAUUUUCGGUGACAAUGAAUUCCUUUCAAACAACAUUUUCACACGCUUACUGACGGAUAUUAUCUGCGAUAAAUCCGUUAACAAUCCAAUCUGCGAAAACUUCAUUUUCUCAGUGAGCGGACCGAACAGCAAUCAGUUCAACUCGUCAAGAAUAGGAAUCUACCUGGCACACAAUCCAGCUGGAACCUCGUCGAGGAACAUGCUUCAUUUCGCACAAAUGGUGCAUAAUAAGAAAAUGGAAUCGUUUGAUCGUGGAAAGGAGGCCAACCUCAGGUGGUACGGACAGAGCACACCUCCCGAAUAUAACCUUACCAAUGUUCACUGUGAUACCUACCUCUUUUACUCCGACUAUGACUGGUUAGCACCAGCUGCUGACGUCGAACACUUCCUCAUACCGACCUUACCUCGAACGAGCGUCAAAUUCGCUAGAAAACUGAAAAAUUUCAAUCACAACGAUUUUCUGUGGGGAUUACGAGCUAGGAAAGAAAUCUAUGACCGAAUUACGAAUAUUAUCAAAAUCGACUCAAGAAAGCUAACACUACAACGGAAUAUGGAUUCAUACUUCAGACGCCAAAGCGGAAACAAGACAAUCGACGAGAUAUCGAAUAAGCUAAACGACACUUUAAAGUUAGACUAG